AUGGUUCGUCUUCAAUUUCCUCCAUCAGACGUCCGCGUGACUAACAACAAGAAAGAUCUGGCACCUGAAAGCAGGUAUCCGACACAACUCAUCCAAGCCAUUUCGCUUUUCAAGCAUAUUCUUGGCUCGGGAAUCAGCCCAUCGCAAAUUAUCCUCGGCGGUGAGUCUGCGGGCGGAAAUCUAAUACUAGGCCUCCUCUCACAUAUCCUUCAUCCCAAUCCCGAGUUCCCAAUACUGCCUGAACUGUUGUCCCAGAUUGGCGGAGCAAUUAUAAUCUCCCCAUGGGUGUCGUUCGACACAAAUAGCGAGUCUAUGCAGGGCUAUAAUUCCGAGCAUGAUACUAUCUUCCCGGGUAUCAUGGAUGCGUGGUCAAGCAGCUAUCUCGGGUCGCAGGAGGCGAGGAAUGCAUAUUCGGAGCCCAUUAGAGCGCCGGAAGGAUGGUGGAGUGAUUUGCAGGGCGUGGUAAAGAGGAUUCUUAUUACCGCGGGGGCAGAAGAGGUGAUGCUUGAUGACUUGGUGAAGUUUUCACAGGUGUUGGGAGGGAUGAAGGGAGUAGAGUUUAAUCUUGAAAAGGGGCCACACGCAGUUCCAAUACACUCUAAUGAAGAGGGUGGGCCAGAAGGAUCGGUGAUGUGGAGUAAACAGGUGAGGUGGGUAGGGGAGACAUUAAAGGAGAUACCCUAA